ACAGUGUGAUUCUCUCGGUUCGCAUACAACGUCACACGCAAAGAAAAGAGAGAGAGAGAGAGAGAGAGAGAGAGAGAGAGAGAGAGAGAGAGAGCGAGCGAGAGGGAGCGAAAUAAAGAGCAUGAUGUUAUACAAUUCGAAAAAACACACAGUCACAAAACUUUGCUAAUGGAUUACAUGGCACUUCGCAUAACUGUCAAACAUAUAUUAUUUUACAUACACUCUCGAGCAUAGGAGGCGAACACACAGAGCAGAAAACAAACGGAACACACCAAAAAAAGCGAGCCAGAAGCAGCGAAGAAAUAUUCUCUCUUUUUUUCAUUAAUUCCUCUUUCAUUCAACUUGAUCGCGGUUUUAUUUCGCUCGUACCAAGUUCCCAUGAAAAGUCCAAAUCUUUGUUUUCUGUGUUGAAACGAAAAAACAAAAAUCAUUUCAAUUUGUUUUAUUUUGUUUUAUUUUCUUCUGUUUGACCGUGCCUGUCAUCAUCGAAACGAAGCAGCAGUAGCAGCAACAUCAGUAGAGAGGAAAAAAGAAGUAUCUCAAUUCGCCUAGUGUGUAUCUUUUUUUCUUCUUCUUCAUUUUGGGAUUUUGCAGUGUUUAUCGUGUGAGUGUGUGUAUGUGGUUUCAGAUUCGGAGAUGUAAAGUGAACGAAAUAAUUUUUUUGUGUGACGAAAUCGAAUAAAUUGAAUAGGAACUGAAAAAGGAGUUCAAAAUCAAUUCACAAUUGUCAGUGUGAUUUUUUUAAGUUUGAUUUAGUUCAUGGCAUUACUUGCGCUCGCUGUGAUACAAGAAAAAAAAACGACGAGAAAGAAAAGUUGUGUGCGUGCGUGUUAAGUGCAGAAAAUAUAGGCGACAAACGAAGACUUGAAAGAAGAAAAAGAAGAAGAAGAAGAAAAACACACAGCCAGUGAAACAGUCAGAAAGCAGUGGCGAAACGAAAGAAAAUCAAAUAGUUGAAAAGUUUUUAUUAUUUUUGUUUUUCGAAAAAAAAAAGAUCAAGUGUUUUUUGUUGGUGCGUUGUGCGAAAAAAUCCAUUCGUUUUAUGCUUACAGCAACGCUUUAAAAAACGUUACAAACAAUUUAAAACUGGAUUUGCAUUAUUUCUCGUCACCGCACCAGAAGCUCAUCUCGAAUAGAUCUCUCAGUUCAAGUCAGAAAUAUUGCAGAAGCAACCACAACAACAGCAACAACAACAGCAAAUUUGCUGCGUGCGCCAGUGAUAAUUGAACGAUGGAAAAUAAUAUUCAGCGAAAUGGGGAAGCGGAACCGGCAAAAGGUCCACCGCCCGUACCAAUAGCAAAAGCCAAUCCGACACCAAACAAUCUAGGAUCGAAUACAGUGAAAAAAGACAAACGCAUGAACAGUUCACGGUUCAACAUAUCGAAAAAUCGGGAAUUAACACCUUUGCCGCGACUCGCCGAGGUAUCGGCAGCCGAACGCGAAGAGCUGUUCGCACAGAAAUUGCGACAAUGUUGCGUUCUGUUCGACUUUACCGAGCCGCUAAGCGAUUUGAAGUGGAAAGAAGUCAAACGAACUGCCUUGCAUGAAAUGGUUGAAUACCUGACCAACGAGCACAAUGUAAUUACGGAAAAAAUUUACCCGGAGGCUAUAAAUAUGUUCUCGAUAAACUUGUUCCGCACAUUGCCGCCGUCUUCCAAUCCAAAUGGUGCCGAAUUUGAUCCCGAAGAAGAUGAGCCCACUUUGGAGGCCAGUUGGCCACACUUACAACUGGUGUAUGAAUUGUUUUUACGAUUCUUAGAAUCGCCCGACUUUCAGCCGACCAUCGCAAAACGUUUCAUCGAUCAACAAUUUUUGCUACAACUUUUGGACCUGUUCGAUUCGGAAGAUCCACGUGAACGCGACUUCUUGAAAACGGUUUUGCAUCGUAUCUACGGCAAAUUUCUAGCGUUACGUACAUUUAUUAGGAAACAAAUUAAUAAUGUGUUCUACAGAUUCAUUUAUGAAACGGAACACCAUAACGGCAUAGCCGAGUUGUUGGAGAUUUUAGGUAGCAUUAUAAAUGGUUUCGCGUUGCCGCUAAAAGAGGAGCACAAGCACUUUUUAUUGAAAGUACUGUUGCCGUUACAUAAAGUGAAAAGUUUAUCGGUGUAUCAUCCCCAGUUGACGUACUGUGUGGUACAAUUCCUGGAAAAAGAUCCAAAUUUGACCGAGCCCGUAAUCAAGAGCCUGUUGAAAUUCUGGCCCAAAACGCAUAGUCCGAAGGAGGUGAUGUUUUUAAAUGAAUUGGAAGAGAUUUUGGACGUCAUCGAACCGGCUGAAUUUCAAAAAGUUAUGGAACCAUUAUUUCGACAAAUUGCAAAAUGCGUGUCCAGUCCGCAUUUUCAAGUGGCCGAACGUGCCCUCUACUACUGGAACAAUGAAUAUAUUAUGUCGCUAAUUACGGAGAAUUCGACCGUCAUUUUGCCCAUAAUGUUCCCAUCGUUGUAUCGCAACUCAAAAACCCACUGGAACAAAACCAUCCAUGGCUUAAUCUACAAUGCGCUCAAAUUAUUCAUGGAAAUGAAUCAAAAGCUGUUCGAUGAGUGCAACACAAAUUUUAAACAAGAACGAGAAAUGGAAAAUGAAAAGCUGUCACAAAGAGAGGUGGUAUGGCAACAGGUGGAAAAUCUAGCGAAAAAUAAAAACGAUUGGAUGCAAAAUGCGGAUGAUGAUGCUCGAUACAAUUAUUUGGACUAUGAGCGAGGUGGUGAGGUAAUACACUAAACUAUUAUCGAUUGCCGUGUAAAUUCGAACACAAUAGUAGCUGUAGUUUUUGACAUGCAGUGGAAAAUCCAUUCGAAAACAAGCCAGAAUACAAAAAAAAAAAAACAAACAAACUCAUCGCUUAGUCAUUUUGCAAAGCAUUUCAUAUUUGAUCAAAUCAACAACAAAAUCUAGCGUUUCACGUGUAGAACAAAAAAGCAUAUAGUUGAGUGCAUCUUUCCCGCUUCCCUUCUUUCUUCCCACUUCAUAAACGUAGUUAAGAGAAAUGAACUGUUUUCCACCACCAAUACCCUUACACACCUAUCCACACAUCAUCAUCCAGCAAAACAAAGAAUACUUCCACCCCGCCAGUGCCGGUAAUUGAUUCGAUUAUAUAAUUUCUAGAUGAAAAAUAUGCGUAACAAGGAUAAGCCAUUGCUGCGAGCCAAAUCCGAACUACCACACAAUAACGAUACAAUUCAAGCAUUGCAAGACCACAAACGUGCUGAUGAUUAUUUAAACUCCACAUCCGAUGAAAAUAAGUGUUAAAUGUGUUGAUGUAAUCGACCUAUCUCUACUCCACUUUACAAAACAAAACAAAACAAACAAACAAAAACAAAAAAACAAACGAUUGAAUUUCAAUGGAAUGACUUGGUUGGCAUGUUGCAAUGUUACAAGCAUACAUACUGAACGGAUGAAAAGCAAGUGUCCAUUUUUUUUACUUCUUUGAUUUUAUUUUCUCAUUUUCAUUUUUGGAUUUGAUAUGAAUUUGCCACAUUUAGAAACAUAUUGACGCAUACAAUAACGAAAUAGUAAAGAAAAAACAACAAAAAAACGCUUUGUCGCCGCAGUUUUGACCGAACAUUUGAAAUGCCCAUUUUUUUUCGAAUAGACACUUAAGCCAAAAUCAAAAAAACAAAAAAUUGAACUAGAAACAGAAUCAAGCAGAAAACAUAGACAAGUUUAAUCGAUGGAUUGAAUGUACUAUUUACAAAAUAACAUUAUACUAGAAAAUAGAAAUAAUUUCUUAAUAAAAACAAACUCACAACGACAAAACAA